CUUUGCUCAUAAAUUGGCAUCGCCUACUGUCUCUUCAUCUCUCCUUUUCUCUUUCCGUCUGCCAGUCAAGUUUGCCCACUUUUCUCUUUCCAUAUAUAUACAAACAAACACAAAACCCAUAUUUACAUAUAUAUAGUUAGUUUGGUGACAGAGAUUACACUUUAGAGGUGAUAUGUAUCUAUUGAGUGAAACAAUUGUAUCGAAAAAGCGCUGCUAUUGUUGUAAUUAUACGAGAUUUGGGGAUGUUAAAGUGGGAUUAGAGGUAGAGUUAGGUUUGAUUUUGCUUUUUCUGUUUGGAAUUAAUGGAGUCAGGUGUGGAAAAUCUCCAUUUUAGUUGUUAGGGAAUGUGCUUUCCUUCUUCUGCAAUUUAGGGUUGUUUGAUUAGGCAGUGCUGUGGGUGUUAGGUUCUGGGUUAGUGGCUUGAAGAAAUGGCUGAUGUUCAGCAGCAGCUCCAGCAGAAGCCUGAGAGCACGGCUGAUGAUGCUCGUGUUGAAUUCGAGAGGGGGCUUGAGGAAUUGAUGCGUGGACAUUUGGAUGAUUGUAUGUCGUUUACGUCAUGCAGCUCUGUGAGGGAUACGGAGGAUGAGGAUGACGAGAGUGACCAGCUUGUGAGUAGGAGGAGGUCUGCUGCAGCGGGGGGUGAGGUGGGAGAGUCAUCUGCAGCCAGGAGGUGCCAUUCGCGGAUAUUGAGUAGGUGGGCUGCUAGGCAUGCUCAAGAGAUGAUUACCACAAUGGAGAGGAGGAAUCGUGAGUCUGAGUUGAUGGCACUCACCCGUUUACACACGGUUUCUAUGCUUGAUUCUUCAUUCUUGCGGGAAUCACAGUCUCCUACUUCAAGACGACAGGGUGAUGCUGAGAGAAUAAGCAGUCGGGCAUCGACUAUUAUGCGGAUGUGGAGGGAGUUGGAGGACGAACAUAUGUUGAACCGUGCCCGAGAGAGGGUGAGGGAAAGACUAACACAUCAGAGGAGUGUGGAUUCAGAUACAAACAUCUCUAGUAUGAAUAUGUCUGAAAGCAGAGAAAGUGACAAUCAGGGCAGCUUUACAGAUGCUACUGAGUGUGAGAAUGACUAUGGAACUUGGUCUCACGAUCCAAUUGGACAACAGAAUGAAAAUAUAGAGCAUGACAGUUCUAGCCGGGAGGAAUCUCCUGAUCUAGGUGAGGUUGAGCGGGAGAGAGUGAGGCAAAUUGUUCGUGGGUGGAUGGAGAGUGGUAUUGCAGACACUUCAUCUAAUGUUGCCCAGAGGAAUGGUAGCCCAAGAGGGGAAUGGCUUGGGGAAACUGAGCGAGAAAGAGUUAGAAUUGUGAGGGAGUGGGUGCAAAUGACCAGUCAACAAAGGGCAUCUCAUGGGGGCCGCAGGGAGGAACAGACCAAUGGACUCGGUGCUGACACUGAUCGUGAGGGGUCAAUUGCCGACCAUGAGGAAGGUCAGCCAGAGCAUGUUCGCAGGGACAUGCUGAGGUUGCGUGGAAGACAGGCUCUACUCGACUUGCUUGUGAGGAUUGAAGGGGAAAGGCAAAGGGAACUUCAGGGACUUUCGGAGCACCGAGCUGUUUCUGACUUUGCCCACCGCAAUCGCAUUCAAUCACUACUCAGAGGUAGAUUCCUGCGAAAUGAAAUGCCUGUUGAGGAGGAGAGACCGCCUUCAGUGGCAGCAAAUGAACUGGUUCAGCUAAGGCAACGACACACUGUCUCUGGGCUGAGGGAAGGAUUCCGCUCUAGACUAGAAAACAUUGUUCGUGGUCAAGUGAGCAGCAACUCUGAACCUCCAUCCGAUAGUACCAACAAUGAUUCUCAAAAUCACCAGAAUCGUAUAAAUCCUUCACUGCGGGUUCAAAAUGAAAAUCUCGAGCAUCUGCAUCCUAGGGAACAGGAGAGUAACACUCAUCGGUUGCAUGAACGCAGAGAAAGCAUUGAUGUUAGUACAACUAGUAUCGAUCAAAGUCCAAGUCAACAAACAGCUCGUGAUCCGGAUAGGGUAUGGGUAGAACAGGUCACUGAAUCUGAUGGAGGGGACCGGGAAGAUUUGACUUCUGAUGAAUCUGCUAGGUGGACUCACGAGACUGUUGAAAACACAAGCACGAUUUUGAAUGUUAAUUCAGUAACUACUCGGCCCCUUGAGACAGCUGGGGAUGAACAACAGUUGCCGGAAGCCCAAGAGGCUUGGCGUGAGGAUGGUUCACAAGAAGCUGUAGAGUAUUGGACUGAGGAGGGACUUCCUGAUCCUCCUAGAGUGCGGCGCUCAGCCCCAUUUAGGAGAUUUAAUCGAUUCCAUCCCCCUGAGGACGAGAAUGUGUACAGUAUGGAACUCAGGGAACUUCUAAGCAGGAGGAGUGUUUCCAAUCUUCUGCGGAGUGGCUUCCGUGAGAGUUUGGAUCAAUUAAUUCAUUCGUAUGUAGAAAGGCAAAGCCGUGGGCCUAUUGAUUGGGACCUCCACAGAGACCUGCCCAUCCCUGCCUCACCAGAGCGGGAUCAAAACCAGCCGAGCAAUGAGCAGAACGAAGAUCAGCACAAUGGUACCGGUAGGCCUUCCCUUGUACUACCACCUCCUCCUGUGCCUCCACCGCAACCAGUUUGGCAUCAGGAUAUGCACCAUUCUGGUUGGGCCCGUCACAGUGUCCAUCGUUCCGAACUUGAGUGGGAGACAAUAAACGACCUGAGGGCAGACAUGGCUAAACUGCAGCAAGGUAUGAACAACAUGCAGAGAAUGUUGGAAGCGUGCAUGGAUAUGCAACUGGAGUUGCAGCGCUCGGUCAGACAGGAGGUUUCAGCCGCUUUGAACCGGUCAGCCGGUGGACAAGGGGCUACAGAGGCCUCAAUGGAUGGUUCGAAAUGGGGCCAUGUGAGAAAGGGUACUUGCUGUAUCUGUUGUGAUAGCCAGAUUGAUUCCCUGCUCUACAGAUGCGGGCACAUGUGCACUUGUUCAAAAUGCGCGAGUGAGUUAGUUGGAAGCGGAGGGAAGUGUCCAUUGUGCCGAGCACCCAUCGUGGAGGUCAUCAGAGCUUACUCUAUAAUGUAGAGUCGGCAGUUAUCACCUCAGAAACUAUGGUUGUGGGGUAAUUCUCUUUGUUCUUCUGAUUACAUGCCAUAAUGUCCUGCAAUUGUAUAAUUAGAGAACAAAUGGCUCCAUUUGCCUUACUAAUUCAUUAGUAAAUAAAAACAUCGAUUCUUUCGCGUCUUU